AUGAGCAGCCAAUACCAAGAGGAGAGCUGCUCCGAGAGGCCCGAAUGCAAAAGUAAAUCGCCAACUUUGCUCUCCUCCUAUUGCAUCGACAGCAUCCUGGGCAGGAGGAGCCCUUGCAAGAUGCGGCUGCUAGGAGCAGCUCCUAAUCUGCCGCCUCAGGCCAACCGGACGGAGCCGGACAAGGCCGGGCAAGGACCAGGCAAGGGCAGCCCGCCCGGGUUCGAGACGGGCGAGCUGCAUCUGCCGCCCAAGCUGCGCCGCCUCUAUGGGCCUGGUGGGGGCCGACUGCUGGCGCGGGCCGAGGCAACCGCCUCGUCGUGGGACUCCCUCAAGAUCAGCCAGGCGCCACAGGUCAGCAUCAGUCGAAACAAGUCCUACCGGGAGAACGCGCCCUUUGCGCGAAUCGCUCCUACCCUCGACGACUUGAGCAGUCCUGGAGGUGGCGGCGCCCCCGACGGCAGGUCGGGCCGAGGGGAGGAACUGCUGGAGGAGGACGAGGACGAGGAAGAGGAGGAAGAAGAGGAAGAGGAGGCCGAGGAGCUGGACGAGGAGCUGGAUGAGGACGACGAACUGCUGUCAGAGGCCAAAGACGCCCGGCGGAGCUCGGGGCCCGCGGGUGGGACUGGCGUGGGGCCUGCGGCGAUGGGAAGCGAAGGUGCCGGCGGCUCGCCCAAGGAGGAGCUGCUGCUCCCUGCCGACGAGCUGGCCGACGGCAAGGAUGGCGAGGACAGCGUGUGUCUGUCGGCGGGCAGCGAUUCCGAGGAGGGGCUGCUGAAGAGGAAGCAACGCCGUUACCGCACCACCUUCACCAGCUACCAGCUGGAGGAGCUCGAGAGGGCCUUCCAGAAGACCCACUACCCAGACGUCUUCACCAGGGAAGAGCUGGCGAUGCGCCUGGAUCUGACUGAAGCCAGAGUGCAGGUCUGGUUCCAGAACCGGAGAGCCAAAUGGCGGAAGAGGGAAAAGGCCGGCGCUCAGAGCCACCCACCCGGCCUGCCUUUCCCUGGCCCGCUGUCGGCAUCUCAUCCGCUCAGUCCCUACCUUGAUGCUAGUCCUUUCCCUCCUCACCACCCAGCUCUCGACUCCGCCUGGACGGCCGCCGCCGCCGCUGCCGCCGCCGCCGCCGCCUUUCCCAGCCUCCCGCCUCCACCGCCGGGCUCUGCAGCCUUGCCCCCCAGCAGCACCCCGCUAGGCCUCAGCACUUUCCUGGGAGCGGCUGUAUUUCGGCACCCGGCCUUCAUCAGCCCGGCUUUUGGCAGGCUCUUUUCCACCAUGGCCCCGCUGACUAGUGCUUCCACUGCGGCUGCCCUGCUGCGACAGCCAGCCCCUGCCGUGGACAACGCCGUGCAAUCGAGCGGCCUCUCUGACCCGGCCUCCGCGGCAGCGGACCGGCGCGCCUCCAGCAUUGCGGCGCUGCGCCUGAAAGCCAAGGAGCACGCGGCGCAGCUCACGCAACUCAACAUCCUCCCCGGGAACAGCGCGGGCAAAGAGGUGUGCUAA